AUGGCAAGCGAUGAUCAUGGACCAUGGCUUACUCUGGCCAUGAUUAUAUUUCUCACGUGGGCCAUUUUGUUUUAUGCGGUUCGAUUAUGGGCGAAACUGCGCAUCAAGACGAUUGGAGCAGACGACUGGGCCGUAACUGGCGCCCUAAUUCUAUCAAUCGCUUGCCAAGGCAUCGUGCACAGUGCGGUUAGCAAAGGCUACGGCAAGCGAAGCGACAGUUUGUCGGCAGAUGCUCUGGACAGCAUCAGCAAGCGCAUAUACAUAGGGCAAAUCUUAUACAUAGUAUCUGUUGGUCUUACAAGAGUCGCGUCAGCCUUCUUAGUUGAGCAGGUUGCGCAACAUGGACCCCAUACACGACCAGCAAGGAUGCUGGCCGGGCUCUCUGGUACUUGGGCGCUUUUGUGCCUUUUAAUGAUUGCUAUCCGGCCACCAUUCUCGAGUCCAUGGCUAGCAGUUGACGGAGGAUGUACCAUGUUUUGGAGAUGGCUUGCUAUUGAAAUCGGUGGGUUGGUCGUUGAGAUUGCGCUUUGGGCGCUAGUCAUUCGACUUGUUUGGUCGUUGCAAAUGCAGCUGAGUAAACGCAGCCUCAUUGUUGCUGUUUUUGGCUUCCGUCUUUUACUUUUACCCAUCGUCAUCACGCGCCUCUACUAUCUUGCCCCAAGCAACAACGACGACCUCAACCAAUCGAGUAUAAUAGCCGCCAUCUACACCGCCGCCGCACUGCAGUUCUCCAUUGGGGCCACGUCCUUUACGGCGCUCAAACCCUUCCUCACCGUCUUUCGCCAGCCCGUGGUAGCCUACGGCAGUAUCGGCGGUAUAUUCGGGCCCAGCGCCAACCCCGGCGAGCCCGGCUGCAAGCUCAAAUUGUUCCAUCGCGUCAAACGCGGCCCGCAAGGAUCUGACCAUUCUGCCAACUGGCGGCCCGAUCAAGGCUCGGCGCAGCAAUCAAUCACUGCUCAGCCUGGCAGGGCUGUCACGCGCAAGAGACGCGACGACACGGACGAUGACAGAGAGAGUCUGUACAACAGCUGCAUGAACUUGCCUCGCCGAGCCACGAAUAGAGCAAUGGAUGAUGGUGUGUCAACGCAAACGGAUGAGUCAGAUCGAAUGAUGAUUCAGAGAACGACCGAAGUCACAGUUUUUUACGAGCACAACAAGCCAGCGGUCGUUAGCGGCGAAGUGUGA